AUGGCGACGGCGACCCUUUCCCCGCGGCUCAUCCGUCUCACAGGCCUCGGUCAUCUUUCUCGGCCGACCGUCUUGUCCUCUCGUGCAUUUGCUGCCCGAUACAGCACGAGUUCUGAAGACGAGAUCAUCAAGACACAGCAGAUUCCGGCGCCGGGCUCAGGACAUGUGCGCGUCUUACUGCUGAAUCGACCCAAAGCCCGAAAUGCCAUCUCGCGACAAUUGCUGGAGACACUUGCAAAGCAAGUCGACUCGAUUGCCGCAGAGAACGGCAAUGGACCGACACGGGCACUGGUUGUCGCCAGUAAUGUCGAUGCCUCAUUCUGUGCCGGCGCUGACCUCAAAGAGCGCGCCAAGAUGACUCCAGCGGAGAUCGAACAAUUCCUCGAGAAACUCCGCGCUACCUUUAAGGGUCUUGCCAAUCUUCAGAUCCCUACCAUUUCCGCCAUAUCCUCUAUGGCACUGGGUGGCGGUCUCGAACUCGCGCUGUGCACGCACCUGCGCGUAUUCGGCUCCAGCUGCACCGUCGGCCUCCCAGAGACACGACUGGCUAUUAUCCCAGGCGCAGGAGGAACUUACCGCCUUCCAGCAUUGAUUGGGCCGACGCGAGCGCGCGAUCUCAUUCUCACAGGCCGUCGAGUGUCUGGUCCCGAGUCAUAUUUCAUUGGGCUUUGUGAUCGCCUAGUAGAGGUCACGCCGGAGGAGGGACAGCAGGAGGGCGUUGCACGCGAGAAGGUGCUUCGAGAGAGUAUCAAGCUGGCUCUGGAUAUUUGCGAAGGUGGCCCAAUUGCUCUUAAGCAGGCCUUGUUGGCCGUACAGGGUUCCACCCUGGGUGAGGUGUCUGAAAAUCGGGCCUAUGAGGGGGUCAUCGAGACCGAGGAUCGAUAUGAGGCUCUGCGCGCCUUUGCCGAGAAGCGCAAGCCCGUCUUCCGGGGCCGGUGA